AUGUCGUCGUCGCGCAAGCAGUCGAUCGUCGAGGCGGCCGAGAAGACGUUCGACAAGAACACGCUCAUUCUCAUCGUCAACGUCAUCAUCCUCGCCGUGCUCAUCUCGAUGCUCUACAUGGUUGCCACGUCGGCGAUGGCCGCCAGUGGCGCCAAGUCCGAGCAUUAGAGCUUUUUCAAAACUCUUCAAUAACUUUCUUUUCACUGGUCCGUUUUUUUUUCUCAAAAAUUCUCCAACCAAGAUUAGAAGAUUUCGAGAAAGGCCGAUUUUUAAAGAAACGCCAAAAUAAUAAGUUUGUUUUCAUAUAUUUUCAUCGAAGCAUGACUGUGUUUUUAUGAGAUAAACUGCCUCUAAAUCACUUCCUACCAGACUUAUUUUACGUGAAGAGUUGAGUUAUUUGUCGAAUGUCUCGAAAAACGACAGCCAGCAAUCGGCGUGACAUUCAGAGCUUGUCGAAAACAGAAAACAAUCGAUAUUUUGGGGGAAUUUUGGCGAAAGCUGGUAGGACCUGUGUUCGUUGUCACAAACCGCUCUUCCUCUCGUUGUAAUCAGGAAGUCGGACAGUUGGCGGAGAGCAAUUUAUGGCCGACGGAGGGUUGCGAUUUUCCUUGGCACAACGCAUUAUUUUUUUGAUGUUUCAAUGAGGCGUCAAGUCGUAUAAUUGAUUACCAGUACUGCGAAUACUGCCCAAAACAUAAAAACGAUUUUGGCUCAUUUUUUCGUGAAUUAUAGAAUUCUUCACAAACUAUUUCUCUUGUUAGACGGUCUUAGCUAAAAACUACAGAUUCACCACCAAGUGAAUAAGACAGACACAAAAAAAUUAACUUUUUUUUUUCCAAACUUCCACUUAAUGAUCGCAAUUUCGAAUUCAAAACAUAAUAUCCGCCCAACAGCCGCACCAUUUUCUUGUUCUCGGACUCUUGAUAGUUAAUUACAACAACUCCGUGACGAAUUUUGUAUCAUCGAUCAUGAGGAAAAAACAAAACAGCACGAGGUCGCAUUUUGAGCCAACUGUGACUUCUCAGUUUUCCUCAGAGCAUUAUUUACAAGGACAUCACCUUUUGAAACAUUUUUUUAAAGGAAUCAUUGGUCAUUCAAAUGUUAAGAAGCUCUUAACAGAAUUAAGCUUGGAAAAGAAGUUUUCAGAAAACUAAAGUUCAAUAUUUAUUUACAGGUACAAUGGCCGGCAACGAAAUGUACAUUCGACACUCUGUUUAAUAUUAUUCGCGUUAGGAUCUUUGCUCAAUUGCGUAAAACCUGUUCUCAAACAAUUCUGCCACGGAGAAGGACCAUCUUCGUCUUUUCGCUGCACACUGGGCAGCUGAAGUCUCGCGUCGCCGUGCAGGUAUAGCAACAAAUGUGGCGGCAUCUCAAAUACUUCAGUGACCGCUUCGAAAGUAGAAAAUAGGGGAUUUAGAAGAACAUACGAGAAGAACGAUUCAAUAGUUUGAGACGAGUCUAUUUUUGUAAUAGUUGAAAAACUAGAAGGUUUCCCAUGAUCCAGCAUGCUUUUCCGAGAAGUGAAUGAAUUUUUCAACUUUUUGAUAAGUUUGAAACUCAAAUUAUGAACUCGGUAAAUAUAAAACUCGGAAACUAGACUAAAUCUUUUUUUCCAGAUUAUUCAACUUUAGUUGAUUAACCACCUCUCUGACAAAUCAGAACUUCCUGUCUUGACUUGCUUGCGUCAUAAAAUCAGAAAAUUUGCCAUUGUUUACAAAAGCGAACGAUUUGAUCAAAAUUUCUGACUUUUCUGUGAACUUUUCUCAACCGAUCUCUGAUGCUCAAAAAAUCAAUAAAACUAUUUCUGCUCUAUUUGGGCAAACCUAAGUUUACUGAAAAAAAAGUCUCAUCCCUCGCAAAAGGGGAAUUUCAUCUAGGUAAAAAUUUGCAGAUCUUACUACAGGAUCGAAUAAAUUGAGUUCAAGUUCAAAAUGUUUAGCCUCCUCAUUCUUCAUAGAAGAGGUCAUGGGGCCUUACUUCGUUCCAACCAUGGGAAUAACAGCCGGUUUGUCGCAGAUACCGCAUUCGUGAGCGUCGCCGACGUCGUCUUCGGCGAGUCUGCGAGCGAGUCUUCGGUUUUGCACCGUCUUCUCUCUGACGACGCGAGCCAGCGGCAUGCCCAGUAG